UAGGUAGUUGGGGAUUCGCGCGAAUAAACAACUAGGUCCCCAUCUUUAUUCUUGUUUAAAAUGUAUGAUGUGUUUAAACAUUCAUGCUGGUGAUAGUGGAUUGAAUUACCGCCUACCACCUAAAUAGUUGGGAAUUAUGAAUAACCAACCAUUAGAUAGCAGGAAGUAUUUUGAAACUUGAGUUGAAUGUCUCAUAACUAUGCGCUGUAUUUUAUAAAGUUAUUUAGGCUUAACCGGAGUAUUAACUUGCACAUUUGUUUUGAAGAGGAACUUAUAUAUACAGUGAUGGCAUACAAACAAAAUUAUGAAGGCAGUCAAGAGUGGCUGGAUGAUAUUUCAAGAUUUCCAGAUUGGUCAUCUGAUUCUGAAACAACAUCAAGUUCGGGUGAAAGUAAAGGAGAAACAAAUGAUGAAGACUUUUAUGGUUUUAAGGGAUUAGAUUACAAUAAUUUACAUCUUUACCGAGUUUUAAGAGAGGAAGAAUCUAUUAUAAACGGAAUAUUUUGUCAAGAUAAAGAUUCAAACAGAACUGUUGAACAACAUAUUGCAUCGGGAUCAAAAUAUAAAUCAAAGUUUAUUUCAACUACUUUAAGUUUAAAUGUAGCCACACUCUGGGCCUACUAUGAUAUGAAAACAAAAGUAGCUAGAGUUGACCCUUUGAGAAUUGUAGAAAUAUAUAUUCAAGUACUUGCUGGAACACAAUACGAGAAGAAGUGCAUAAAUCUGUGUGAUAAAGAAGUCAGAGAACACUUUAUUAAAGGUAACACUCACAGAAGUUGGGCAAAGUCGUCUGAAGAGGUUCUAUUUGUAGAAAAAAUUCCAAAAUUUGUCACAAGUGCAGAUGAAGUAAACACUUCGGCAUCAUACUACGCACAGGCAACCUUCGUACAACAGCCAUCAUUACCCCAACUGAUGUCAACGCUAACCAUUGGCUCGAAUUUGUAUUAUGAGGCUCCGAAGAUGGUAUUUCAAUUGAAAACCAAUAUUUCUAAGCCAAAAACCCCAAGUUCUAAAACAUAAAAUGAAAAAGAAAGAAAGAUUAAGAUAGAAAGAAAGAAAAUUCAAUAAAUUUUAAAUAACUCAUCAGAUGAUAUGGGCGCUAACUAUUUAAAGACGUUUUCGGUAGUUUUUUUGUGCGCAUCGUUAUGCGUUUCCAAGAAAGAUAAUCACGGAUAAUUACCGGUACUCUUCAAAAAGAAGGUCAAGUUGAAUAGUACUCGGAUAACUGUUUAAAUUUCGGCUAUAAGCAAAUAAUGAGUAAAUAAUACAAAAUAAAUAUUUCUAAAUGUUCGGGAGAUCGGUUCAAAAGAAUAAGAGGUCGUUUAGACAACAUCAGACUAGCAUUAGUACGACAGCAUUGUUGAUGAUUCUGCGAGCGUUACCCCUCCCACUUGUGGUAUAUGACGAAAGUGCGUCGCCACUUGAUUACUGGCAGACAAGUGGGCAAAGUAGUUUAAAACGAAAUGUUUUAAAACUGUUGAAUAAAUAACAAAAAUAAUAUCAAAGAAAUGUUCCAAUUUUCAUUAUUUUCUUUGUAAAUUUCUGAAUACUUGCUUACUGUUCGGGUAUGUUAGUCGAGUGAAGAAAUAAUAUGGCCUUAUAUAAUUUGUUUUAAAAACAUAUUCAGUAUAAUUUACUUCAUAUAACAUCAAAAGAAAAAUAAAUUUAUAUUGCAACGUG